GUCCAUCCCGAUUUUUCUAGCAACAUCCAGCAGGACCAGAGUGUGUCUCGAAUAGGAACGCAUAUAUUUUCAAUUGCAAGCUACCGUUGGUUUUUGAUCGUUGACCAUGUUCGACGGUGAUUUCCGCAGCAGACGAAGGCAAGUUAGAACAGAGAUUCCAGUUGGCUCUGUAUCCUCUUGAAAUGGAAGACUGGAACCGGAAACAAGUUUUGCAUGGCGAUGCUUCCUCUAACUCUGAAAAUUCCCUGUCUUGUUGCAUCUCCUUUUGAUCGAUCGAUGGAUCCUGCCGUUGCCUCCGAUCCGAAUUGACACCAACAAUAAUUGCGUCAAUGUUCAACGCGCACGACAGAGAGGUCAAUCUUUCGGGGAACAACCGACGAGCGGGAGGAAGAAACAAGCGCGAUUUGCUAAAGAAUGCCGAGACGCUGCGGAAGCAACGACAGGAACGAGUUCGGAGGGAUCGCUCCGCAAAACUGGUGCAGCGCGUCACUAGGGGUCACUUGUCUCGGUUGCGGACCAUCAGUCUCUGUGCUUCGAACGUUUUAUCGGAUUGUCCCGCUACCAUGAAUUGCACUGAUGCUGAUGCUAGUUCUAGUGAUGGCUGCAUCCAUGGAAAUACUUGGAACGUGCUGAGACCAAUGGCAGCUCUCUCGAUGUGUUUGUCGCACCACACUCUCUUGACAAAAUUCGACUUUACGCGCAGGGAGUUGCUUCUAGGAUUCCGUUACUACCCCGACAGCAUCAUGGCGGGAAAUAGCGACGAUAAAAACGACAACAAUGCGGACUUUGAAGUAGAUAUUAUGGGCCUCAAUAAUGAUCUACGUCCCAUGGAAAUUGAGGGCGAAGAAGGAAGCAGUUCUUGGUUCUCUCAGCAACGAAUGAUGACACACGCAAUCGAAGAAUUCGAUCCAAAAUACCAGUGCGACGCCGAGGAUAGCAACGCGGAAAUGUACCAACUCCUAAAUACAUAUCGAGAAUCCACCCGAAUCGACGACCGCAUUUUUUUGGGCUUGACAAAAUGCAUGCAGAGGUGGAGUCUGUUUGUCGAGGGUACAAAAAAGGAAGGAAACAACAACGACGAGAAAGCGACAAACUAUAAAGCGAUGCUCACGAGAUGGGCUAUGGAAGCGAGUGACCGACUGGAAAACCCCCAUUCGAGUGUUCUUCUUGCGACCAUUCUCCUCAGCACCAACGAUAGAGUUAAUACCUCCAUAGCUGGAGCUUGUGCCGAUGGCAGUGUCCGCAUGUCCGAUGCCUUCAAUAUUGCACCAGGGGGAGAACAAAUCGAAAAAUGGUUUGCGCUUUUGGCCGAUAUCUUGGUUAAGAGCGAACUCAAGGAUGUCACCAAAGUCUCAAACGACACAAAGGAUCUAUUGUUGCAGGCUACAAUGAAAAACCUUCGGAACAGUCAGGUACAACGCUUGCUCUACAAUCUUCUCGAUCUCACGAAAUCACCGAAACUGAUGCUGUUGAUCAAUCACGUACUACGCCAACCCCAAAACGAAAAACUCAAACUCGCCGUUUCCUUGCUCGCGAGAGGAGAUUCCUUAGUACAGAUGCAGCAGGAAGAAACACAAGAUCAAAUCAAAGAUUCUGGAAAUAAAUACGAUUGGGACAACGAUGACGAUUCGGAGGAUGAGGAGGAAGAAUCCGAUCAGAAGCCGUCUAGCCACAAGAAAGCCCGUGGUGGAUCAACUUACUACAAGCGACAGGAAAUUUUGACUCUGGCGAAGCUAGACAAGGUUUACAGUGAGCGCAUCCAGCAAUCGAUCAAAGAUCAUUGCCGCGUAUUCGACGCGUUGACGAUCGAGGUUGCCACCAAAAUAGCAAAGGCACCAUGGAAAGAUUGGGGCUUGUACGUACUAGGAAGUUCAAAAGAAGCCGGGUUAGUUCGAAACAAUAAUGACAAUCAUUGCGGAGAGGUCGAGCGUUUUGUCGAAUCGCUAGGAUACUUGCUACAAGCCAGUAGUAGUAUGCGGUCGAGAGCUAGAUUUACUCCGUUGUCGCCGCUGGCAUUCAAUCAGUCCAUACUCUGUUCCUUGUGGAAUCUCGUUCGAGAGCAAAAAGGCGAGUGCGGUUUCAUCUUGUCCAUCUUUUCGGAUUUGUUCAGCCAUUACCUGGUGGCACUGAGUGACGAGGAUUUUGUGUUGUACCAUUGCAACAGCAGUAAUAGCAAUCCUUCUACAUAUUUCGAAAACAGAAUUCUGGCCAAAGACAUAGUCGCACGCUACAACCAAGAGCUCCACGAGGUUUACUGGACGAAACCGGUUUUGUACAGCGAAAUUCAUAUGAGCAGUGCCAGGGGAAGAUUGAUUUUGUCCGGGACAAAGCUUUGGAAUGCGUUGUACGAACGCUGGAAUCGUCUCGUAUCUGUUUCGUUUUGCGACGAAAGUUCUUGGUGGUUUCCUCAUCUGGGCUCGAACGAAGGGGAUAGGGCCGUGAUUCCUGAUAGAGAAGUUGGACAUGACAUCAAUGAAGAAGAUGACGACGAUGACUCUUCCGUGGAUAUGGACGAAGGUCAGAAUCCAUUGUCAACUGCAGAAGCGGCAACCGAUGCAUUGGCGGACUCGUUUCGAGAUCCAAAGAUGGCUAGGGUGCUUACUAUCAUCCCACAGGCUCUGCCAUUUGAUCGUCGAGUGAAACUCUUUCAUUCUUUGCUGAAGGCCAACAAACAAAAGGUUCUUCAGGCAGCACAAAGCCAAAGGGCGAUGGCAGCGAUGAGAAACCCUUUUGGCGAAGAAGCGGCUGCGAUGAUGUGGAUCGAUGGCAGUGUAAGAGAGCAAAUAAAAAUAAAACGUGCGCAGCUGUACGAAGAUUCAAUGGAACAACUCAACAAGUUGGGUGCUAAUCUCAAACACAAAGGUGCGUAUUUCAUGUUGCACCAUCCAAGGCCUAUUCAAGAAUCUGUGCCGGUUGGAAUCGCAGACGUUGCGAAAGAAAUGGUUCAUUUUCUGUAAAUUGCUAACUUGCAAUCCAUGCACGUCGUUUCUUUUCUUUUUCUCGGAAAUAGUUCAAGUUACCUUCGUCAACAAACACGGGGCGGAAGAACCCGGCAUUGAUGGCGGGUAAGUAUUUGAUAACUUUCUGAGUUUGUCGUUGAUCGCUUCUUCGUUUAUUAUAAUUUAUCUCAUCAAACUAACCCCUACCGAUUCCCCGACUAUCUCGUCACUGUUCAAUGUUUUUGAACACCUGCUUGCUCUGUGAACAGAGGCGUUUUCAAGGAAUUUCUCGAUGAUUUGAUAAAAGACGGUUUUGCAGCUAAGAGUGACGCCGACAAAGAGGGUGGCGCCCCUCGAUUAUUCUCGAUAACUCCAAAACAACAACAACUGACCAUGAAUUUUGACUUGACGGAAGACAAAAGCAUGCUCGUGCAUUAUGAAUUCCUUGGUAGGGUGCUCGGAAAGGCGGUAUACGAGGCUAUUCUGGUAGAACCACAAUUUUGCCUUCCUUUCCUCAAUCAGCUACUGGGAAAAGUGAACACAUUAGAGGAUUUGAAAAACUAUGACGAAGAAUACUACAACAACUUGAACAAACUCCGUCACUUCACAGAGGAAGAAAUAGACAGCUUGGGAUUGACGUUUGAGCUGACGGUCGGGGGUAGUUCACCCAAUGCUACACCUCGAACAGUCGACCUCGUCCGUUCGGGGCGAUCCAUUGCUGUAUCCAAAAAGAACGUGUUCCAGUAUUCCCAGGCAGUGGCCAACGAACUCCUCAACGUUCUCGGGGCUAACCAGACCCGGGCAUUUCUGAGAGGUUUCCGAGAUCUGAUCAAGGUCGCAUGGAUUCGGUUGUUCUCGGCAAGGGAACUGCAAAAAUUGAUCAGCGGUGAUGACUCUGUGCGCGGAAUCGAUGUCAGUUGUUUGAAGAAAGCAACGCAUUACCUCGGGGGCUACCACGAGUCGCAACCCUACAUCCAAGAUUUUUGGGACAUUCUCGAAAACGAGCUGAGCCCCGAACAACAGCGGAAAUUCUUGCGAUUCAUGACGUCCUGCAGCAGACAACCCUUACUUGGGUUUUCUUCGCUGGAACCCUUUCCGGCGAUACAACAGAUACGCUUGCAAGACACCGAGCGUUCGAAGAAUAGCAGGCUUCCGACGAGUUCAACGUGCAUGAACCUACUCAAGCUUCCUAAUUAUCAGGAUCGAGCUCUGUUGAAAGAAAAACUCAUAGCAGCAGUCGAGUCGGGCGCUGGCUUUGAGCUAACCUAAAACCUCAUAUUUAUAGAAUAGAUAGUAAGAAGUUUA